AUGGCGCCACCAUCGCCGAACAACGGCGCUGUCACGCCUGGCGGCUACGCAUCAUCAAUGACAGCAGGCUCGGAUCGUGAUGUCGAGGCCCAGUCGUCGCCUACUGUCAACCACGUCUCCUAUUUCAGACACUUUCUUGACCAGGCUGGAGUGACACAGGCCGUCAUUGACUACAAAUAUCCCGGCAAAGGAACAACCGAGUCACCUUUUGUCGUCGACUUUCUCCCCGAAGACUCCUACAACCCUUUCACUUUCUCCGAGGGUCGCAAGUGGAUGAUUAUUGCGAUCCAGGCCGCCGCUACCCUGGCCGUCGCCUUUGCCUCGUCCGCCUACUCUGGCGGCAUCCGCGACAUCUUCAUCGACUUCCGCGUCUCGCAAGAAGUUGCUAUUCUCGGCGUCUCACUCUUCGUGCUGGGCUUUGCCCUCGGACCUCUUGUGUGGGCUCCUCUCUCCGAGGUCUUUGGCCGCCAGCAGCUCUUCUUCAUCAGCUACCUCGGUCUCACUGCUUUCAAUGCAGGUGCCGCUGGCGCCAACAACAUGGGUGCCCUGCUCGUUUUGCGCUUUUUUGCCGGCGCUUUUGGUUCCUCGCCUCUGACCAAUGCCGGCGGUGUCAUUGCCGACAUUUUCAGUGCCCAAGAACGUGGCAAGGCCGGCGCGCUCUUCUCCAUGGCUCCCUUCCUGGGCCCUGCCCUGGGCCCCAUUGCAGGCGGCUUCCUUGGCCAGUCAAAGGGCUGGCGCUGGGUUGAGGGCAUGAUUGCCAUAUUCUGCGGCAUUGUUUGGAUUGCCAGCUCUGUAACAUAUCCCGAGACGUACGCUCCCGUUCUGCUCCGCAAGCGCGCCAACAAGCUCAGCAAGAAGACUGGAAAGGUGUACGUUAGCAAAUUUGAGGCUCAUGGGCCUCCUCGAAACGUUGUCGCUCAGUUCAAGGUUUCCAUCACUCGUCCUUGGGUUCUUCUCAUCAAGGAGCCCAUCGUCCUGCUCACCUCCAUCUACAUCGCCAUCAUUUACGGCACAUUGUACCUCUGCUUUGCUGCCUUUCCCAUCGUUUUCCAGCUUGGCCGCGGCUGGAGCCCCGGCAUCGGUGGCCUAGCUUUUGUUGGUAUCGCCAUUGGUAUGGUUUCUGCGACUGUUUACGCAGUCUUUGACAAUCGGCGUUAUAGGCGGGCAGCGGCAAAAUACCCCAACGGGAUGGCUCCUCCCGAAGAGAGACUGCCUCCUGCCAUUCUCGGCUCUGUACUGCUUCCAGUCGGCCUCUUCUGGUUUGCUUGGACUAAUGGGCCCGAAAUACACUGGGCCGUACCCAUUGUCGGCUCCGGAUUCUUCGCCGCGGGUAUCCUUCUUGUCUUCCUCGCGCUUCUCAACUACCUUAUCGACUCCUAUGUCAUCUAUGCUGCCUCCGUUCUGGCGGCCAAUUCAGUACUGCGAUCCCUCUUUGGUGCAGCUUUUCCUCUCUUCACCACAUACAUGUACAACGACCUCGGCAUCCAUUGGGCUAGCUCCAUUCCGGCUUUCCUAGCCCUUGCCUGCCUCCCGUGCCCACUCCUCUUUUACAUGUACGGUGCCAAGAUCCGUGCUCGCUGCAAAUAUUCUUCGGAGGCUUCUCAGUUUUUGCAAAAGAUGAUGGCUGCUUCAGCAGCUUCUGGGCCCAGAACGCCGAGUGUGAAAAAGACCAUAUCAUCGGUAGAGUCGGAGCCAUCACAUCAGUCGACAGCAGCAAGCAGCCCUCUCCACAACCAGCAUUCACCAUUUCGCGACGUGCGACCCUUGCCGCGCGAUCUCAAGGCACACUGCCAAAUCUUUCUCGAAGAACAGCUAUAUCUCGGCGCCAUCAACCUCUACGACAGUGUACUUGGCGCAGGAUCUUCGCGACGACGACCAACCACACGGAGCGCAUACGUCCCACCACCAAGCCACCUGGCAGUCCUCAACACACUACUCGUGCACCCAGUAUACACAAACCGUGCCGAUAACAAAUCACAUGAAGUCGCGACGCUAGCGCUCAGCUACCUUCGCAGCCUGCUUGAGGUCGUUGGUCCGGUCAAGGCUAAUCUACGCGCUGCCUUUCAGUUUUACUCGACUCCGCGCUGGCAACAACGGACAGGCUACAGUAGCGAUGGAUCCCUUUCCGACGGCUCCGUGGAUGAGCAGGAGCGCUACCGCGUCAACGGCAGCCUCGCCAACGAAAACAGCGUAUGGAACCGGGGGCAGGAUUUCUGGUCCACGUUGGGAUGGGCGUUCAACUGCAGCACGCUGCACCCGCAGCGCUGGCGCUACUGGAAGGCGUGGCUCGAGUUUAUGCUCGACGUCCUGCAGUCGGACUGGACGGAACGCGAGCGGCUUGACCUGGAUGCGCACGAGGCGAGUGACGGCGACGGGCCCGUGCCGACAACGAUGCGACAGGAGUCCAUUAUCGUCAUGUACAUGGAGCAAAGGAAUGGGCCGCAAGGCGGUUCCAAGGCCAUCAUGAAGGCUCUCUUCGCCGACGGCAGCAGCCUCUCCACGUCGGCGUUUCAAGAAGUUUUUGACAAGGAGCCCCGCGGCCGCCACGACGCGACGAAGAAGCGCAAGCGCGAGGAGCGCAUCGACGUGAACAACGACAAGUUUGGCGACUACCUCGACGACGACGCAUUUUCCUCGGGUGCGUCGGAGCCGCCGACACCCGAGAAGCCGCGCAGCAUGCGCUCGUCGGCAUCUUUUGGAACCACGUUUCCGGGGCUCACCGAGACGAUGCCGCUGCGGCUGCGGCUCUUCAAGCUGCUGUCGGCGGCGACGUCGGCGCUGCGCAAGGGCGCUGACAUGCACCGCCUGUACGACGCCUAUACGACGUCGCUCAAGGUGGCACCAUUGGAGGAGUUUGCACUCGUCGUCGCGCAGCGCCGCGGGCCCCUACCAAACGAGCUCCGUGUCACGCUGCUCAAGGAGCUGUUUGGCCUGCUCCUGCCGUCGAGCCACCGCCCGCCGCACAAGGUCGAUCCCGAGGGCGAGGCCGAGGCGCGGCUGAGCACCGCGAUGCUGGAGCACUGCUACGUCGCGCAUCCGGCCAACACGGUCGGCGUCGAAGAUAACGCCAAGCUGUCGCUCGUCGUCGAGGCCGCUAUUCAGCUGCUGUGGACCUGUAACGCGCUCGAGUACACGCCCUCUUUGGCAGCCGCGGUGCGCGCAGGCAUCAAGGCGCGCCACGCCAAGGUCAAGCGCAAGCGGACAGGCAGGGCGAAGCCGGACCCGGACGACGCGCUGGCGGUGGAGAUGCUUGACGCAUCGGCUAAUCGGUUACACGUCUUGCUGCAGGUGAUCAGGUCGACUGCCGCGUGA